CUCCCUCGCGCUGGGCGCCCCGAGCCGCGCUCUGCCCAGGGCGGUGGCUUCGCCGCGCCCCGAGAAGCUCCUCUCCGGUGGCCGCUUCCUAUUUCCCUCCUCUUUGCGUCAUGUCGGGCAGCUGACUUUUUUUUUCUUCCUUUUUUACAUUUAAAAAAAUUCCUUCUUUAGCCCUUUCCACCUUUCACCUCCCGUUUCGUCUCCCAGGUUGAUUUUUCCCCCUCAUCUUUGGGCUUGCCCAUGAGCCUCCUCGGGAACUACCGGAAAAAGACCAGCAGCGAUGGUUAUGAAUCUUUGCAGCUGGUGGACAGUAACCGGGACUUAAGUGCGGGGAGCGGCGGGGGUGGCGGCAAGCAGAGAGUGAAUGCCGGGGCGGCGGCGGCAGCGCGGAGUCCCGCCCAGCAGCCUCAGGACCGCGCCAGCACCACGGACAGCUCAGGUGCCUCAGCGCCAGACAUGGAGCCCAGCUUUGGGGGGGGUCUCUUUGACAUGGUGAAAGGAGGUGCAGGAAGGCUCUUCAGUAACCUAAAGGAUAACUUGAAAGACACCCUUAAAGACACAUCUUCCAGAGUCAUACAGUCUGUUACCAGCUACACGAAGGGAGACUUAGACUUCACAUAUGUUACCUCCAGAAUUAUUGUGAUGUCCUUUCCUCUGGACAGUGUUGACAUAGGAUUCAGGAAUCAGGUCGAUGACAUUCGAAGCUUUCUGGAUUCCAGACAUCUUGACCACUACACGGUGUACAAUCUGUCACCCAAGUCUUAUCGAACUGCCAAAUUUCACAGCCGGGUCUCAGAGUGCAGCUGGCCCAUUAGGCAGGCCCCCAGUCUGCACAACCUCUUUGCUGUGUGUCGGAACAUGUAUAACUGGCUACUGCAGAAUCCCAAAAACGUGUGUGUUGUGCACUGCUUGGAUGGACGGGCAGCAUCGUCAAUUCUGGUUGGUGCUAUGUUCAUUUUCUGUAAUCUCUACUCUACUCCUGGCCCCGCUGUCCGGUUGUUAUACGCAAAGCGACCAGGCAUUGGACUUUCGCCAUCCCACAGGAGAUACCUGGGCUAUAUGUGUGACCUCCUAGCAGACAAACCCUACCAUCCUCAUUUCAAGCCACUCACGAUUAAGUCGAUCACUGUCAGUCCAGUUCCUUUUUUUAACAAACAGAGAAAUGGAUGUCGUCCUUACUGUGAUGUACUGAUUGGAGAAACCAAGAUAUAUACAACCUGUGCAGAUUUUGAACGAAUGAAAGAAUACCGUGUCCAAGAUGGAAAAAUCUUCAUUCCCUUGAGCAUCACUGUACAAGGAGAUGUGGUCGUUUCCAUGUAUCACUUGAGGUCAACCAUUGGGAGCAGGCUGCAGGCUAAGGUGACCAACACUCAGAUAUUCCAGCUUCAGUUUCAUACUGGAUUCAUACCAUUGGAAACAACAGUUUUAAAGUUCACCAAGCCUGAGUUAGAUGCAUGUGAUGUACCAGAAAAAUAUCCUCAGCUAUUCCAGGUGACUCUGGAUAUAGAACUACAGCCCCAUGACAAAGUGAUAGACUUAACUCCACCGUGGGAACAUUACUGCACAAAAGAUGUCAAUCCCAGCAUCCUCUUCUCUUCUCACCAGGAGCAUCAAGAUACUCUGGUUUUAGGAGGACAGGCUCCGAUUGAUAUCCCUCCAGACAACCCCAGGCAUUUUGGGCAAGGUGGCUUCUUUUCUUCUCUCUGUUGGCAAGAUCAGAAAUCAGAGAAAUCAUUCUGUGAGGAAGAUCACGCUGCCCUAGUGAAUCAGGAAAGUGAGCAGUCGGACGAUGAACUGCUAGCCCUUUCCAGUCCACACGGCAAUGCCAAUGGCGACAGACAUCACGGAGCCAAGAGGCCCAGCAAAAAGCAGCAGGAGCCAGCUGCCUCUGCACCCCCUGAAGAGGCAGACCUUCUCGGCCUGGAAGGGUCCGCAGUGAGUAAGAAGUUCUCACCGCCGGUGGCUCCUCCCACCAAUUCCGAACUGCUGAGUGACCUGUUUGGGGUUGGAGGUGCGGCUGGCCCUGCCCCGGCUGGACAGUCAGGGAUGGAAGAUGUGUUUCAGCCAAGUGGACCUGCGUCCGCCCAGUCAACACCACGUCGGCCUGCCACCUCCUCUGCGUCUCCAACCCUGAAAGUGGGGGAAGGUGCCCCCUUUGAUCCAUUUGGAACACCUUCUAAACCAUCGGGUCAAGAUUUGCUGGGUUCUUUUCUGAACACAUCCAGUGCUUCAAGUGACCCCUUUCUUCAGCCUACGAGGAGUCCUUCACCUACAGUGCAUGCUUCUAGCACACCUGCUGUGAACAUUCAACCAGAUGUUUCGGGAGGUUGGGACUGGCAUGCUAAACCAGGAGGUUUUGGGAUGGGAAGCAGGUCAGCUGCCACCAGCCCAACAGGAUCCUCUCAGGGCACGCCCACCCACCAGAACAAACCCCAGACUCUGGAUCCUUUUGCUGACCUCGGGACACUAGGUAGUUCUUCAUUUGCCAGCAAACCCUCCACACCAACUGGAUUGGGUGGAGGCUUUCCACCUCUCAGCUCACCACAGAAAGCAUCUCCCCAGCCUAUGGGUGGAGGAUGGCAGCAGGCAGGUGGCUACAACUGGCAACAGACACAGUCUAAGCCACAGCCCAGCAUGCCCCACUCCUCUCCCCAGAACCGACCCAACUACAAUGUCAGCUUCUCAGCCAUGCCUGGGGGGCAGAAUGAACGUGGGAAAGGACCAACUAAUUUGGAAGGGAAACAAAAAGCAGCUGACUUUGAAGACCUACUUUCUGGUCAAGGUUUCAAUGCCCACAAGGACAAAAAGGGGCCUCGAACAAUAGCUGAGAUGAGAAAGGAGGAAAUGGCUAAGGAAAUGGAUCCUGAGAAAUUAAAGAUUCUGGAAUGGAUUGAAGGCAAAGAGAGAAAUAUCAGAGCACUUCUGUCCACGAUGCACACUGUGCUGUGGGCUGGGGAGACCAAGUGGAAACCAGUCGGCAUGGCAGACCUGGUCACACCAGAGCAGGUGAAGAAGGUGUACAGGAAGGCUGUGCUGGUGGUGCACCCAGAUAAAGCUACUGGGCAACCCUAUGAACAGUAUGCAAAGAUGAUUUUCAUGGAGCUCAAUGAUGCCUGGUCUGAAUUUGAAAAUCAAGGCCAGAAGCCCUUGUACUAAUUUAUGUGCUUUUCCAUCUCUGCUGCAGACCUGUGUUAAUGCUUAGUGUAUAUCACGAUUCUGAGGUUUUCCCAGAUGAACCAAAAACUUCAGUAACAUGUAUCCAGUACUAAACUGUGAAAUUACUUGUGAAUUAAUUCCUUGUUCAUAAGGAAUGUGGAUGUUUGUUUUCUCAAGUCCCAAAGCAGAAGAGGAACUUAGCCAGAUGACCUCGCAGAGUUAUAACAUUCCAGCCUGCCCUUUGGGAAGCCUACUCAGCGUUUUGUGGGAAAAUGGAAAAUAGAGGCUUCUGAACUCAUAACACCCAUCUCAUUGUCUCGGAAUAGGAGUAAUGAGCAAAAGUCAUGAUACUAGGAUUACCUGAUGGAUUUUAACUAAUGGUUUUGAAAUUUUCUUGGAAAGAUAUAAUUUGAGCAAUGGCUUUACAUAGAUUCCAGGAAUAGGACCACCAAGUAUUUUAUUUUUAUGGAAAUUUGCUAUGGUCUUUAGCAUAAUGUGUAUACUUCUUUGGGUCAAGAGGACUAACAGACGUAAAAGAACUUGAAUUGUGGGAGGUGAUUAUACUAUAACCUAGUGAUUACCACCAACUCUUCCUAGAUAAGCUAAAAGUUAGUGAAAAUGCUGACUUAAGAAAAUAGGGGUUCUGUGAUAUAGAAAUCUUCAUUCCUGGUCAGAAAUUUGGACUGCUACCUUCCUUUCUCUUUAAAAAGUUGUGGUUGAUUAAAGAAAAUGUCUUAAUACCGUAACAACAACUCUACUACACCUGAUGUGAAACAAACUUCUAAUUUUGCCAUAAGGCUUAAUGCUCUUCCUUUUGCGUGAUGUUCUUAGCUAGAAACAGGCUGAAAAGCAGUUUUGCGCAGUUAUCAUUUAUGAGGACCAGUGUCUAGUGUGGAGUCCCUGUCCAAGGUUUUUGAGUGGUUGCAGUAGAGGAUAGAACACUGACCACUGGUACCGAGACCUGCGCAGUUGCAGUAAAGAGAGCUGCAGUGAGAGACCUGAUAGAAAAACCUUGCCUUCAGCCCGGGUUGGUGGCUUGUCAGAGUACACUUUGAGAAACCAGGUUCCUCUCCCCACCAGGUGAAACUGAACCCCUUGGAUUAUUACAGUGAGGUUUAUUGCUUUAAAGUAGUUGGGAAUCUAUAGGAACAACAUUCACACAGGGACGUCUGUGAAAGCAAGAUAGGAAUGCAACCUUUGUAGACCACACACUGGUUGCAUUUCGGUUCAGUGUUUUGGCUGUUUCUAAUUUGAGGGGGAAGCUAGUUGCUAUCUGUGGGCCUUAGCAGGUCUCUUUUGCACAUACAAAAUGUGCAUAGUAUAUAUAUGCAAAGCAGAUGGACAAAAAGAUUUCCAUGCUAAUCUCAAAAGGUUCAUGCUCAAUAUUGUGAAAAGCUUUCAAAAGUUGUUUUUGAAAGACAAUCAUUUUUGUUUCUAUUUUAAUUUUCUUGUGGCAAACUGUACCAGAAAAGCAGCAUGUCAAAAAUACUUUAUGUUCUAUAUAUAAUUUUCUCUCUUUCUUUCUCUUUUUUGGCUAUAAAGGCUCAUUAUUUAUUUUACCUUUUACUGACAAUGUGAAACUUGCAGAAAAUGUUCUCUUUUUAAUAUACAGCUGUAAACUGUUCAUGGUAACCAUAACCAUAGGUGUUAUUUAUUAAUGUAUUAUGAAAUAAUGUUUGAUCCAGUAUGUGCUUGUCUUACUUAAAACUGGAAUGUGAGACAUGUUGCUGUGACCUGUAUCUUUUCUCAUAUACACCUGUAGAUAUUGUGUGAACUACAGUAUAUAAUGAUAAUAAUUAAAAGACUAUUAUGUGAAUGUCACGUACAUUUUGAAAUGAACUAUAUUAUCUUUGUAUCAUGUUUGGGUAAUUCAUCAAUGUUCACAGUUUGAAACAUCAUUAAACAUUAUGUAAUUAGCAAUGAGAAAGAAUCUUACCUAACUUAAAUUGGGGGGCUCUCCCAUCUCUUUUCCAGAUACAUAAUUCUGGACCCCUAUUUAUCUCAAAACUCUUACACACAGACCAAGAGGUUUUUGCAUUCCUUUUAAAUAUCUGGUUGUGACAGAGCUUGUUGUUGAUCAGAUGCACUGUUUCAUUCAUUUUUAUUGUAAUAUAUUUUUUGUUUUGUAAAUAUGUUACACAACAAAAUGUGAUUGGUCUAAAAUAUUUGUAAUGUAUAUUAAAAGGCUCAAAAAUA